AGUUCCCAUUUGUUCAGUGUGGUUUGCCAGAGCUCUCUGGAGCAUUCAGCUGGGAAAUCAGAUGCUUGUGCUGUUGCAACUGAGGACUGAUUUUGUCGCAGUGGUGCCAAAUUCCACAUAACCAUCUUAAGAAAUGAAAUAGGAGAGCAAGCACAACAAAAUACUUCUAGGAAUUGUGAUAACUCUUCAUGACCAGCAGAGACUACAAACAAAUUCGAUAGAGGUGAGCCCAAAGGAAAAGAAAUUAUUAUGCUAUUUUGUUUCCUUAUUUGUUUGUUUUUAUUUACAUGUUUACAUGUAAUUUAACAAUUGUCCAUGAAGGAAAAUUCUCUUCCCAAUAAGAAAGCUGGUGGCUUGUUGAGUCUGUGCGCAUUGCACAAAGUACUGAACCAAAAUGAACACACUGUGGAAGUUUCAGUUCAAGGGGCCAGAUUCUUAGGAGACAUCUAAAGUACCAGUGGGAGAAGUUAAUAGGAGCAUUCUUCAAUGCAUAUGGGUUUUUGCUACAUACAUGUGUAACAGCGUGUGUGCUAUCACUUGGUGUGCAAUACCUAUGUGCUUCCAAGCAGGGGCCUUCCUGUAAAAGAAUAAUAAAACAGAGUUUUCUCUGUGAAAUGGAAGACCAUUUUAUGAGUACUCUUUUAGUACUUUCUAUAUUUCAGUCCCAUUUCAUACACUCCAGGACACUGCUGACAUGAACUAUUUUGCUAUGAAACUUAGUAUGUGUGGUGUUCUCUUGACUUGAUUGCCCUGUACAAAUAGAAAUCUAAGUGAAAAUAACUCUUGGCAGCAGUGGGCUCAACUGGAGUCCCAUUAAGGUCAGAGCAAUAAUACCUUCAAAGUUAUAUGAAAGUGAUGUGGCACUUUAUAUAACGGUGCUUCUUCAGAACUUACUGUAUGGAGCUGCUGUAGUCCUGCCUUGUGUGAAGCCCUCAGAGCUGCUGUGCUCUGGGGAAGGAGGAGCACAACGGAUUGGAGGGGAGGGGGUGCUCCACUUUGAAUGAGGCAGAGGUUACAGGUUCUGUAGGAAUGGCAGUUUCCUGCUGCACAGCUUCUGCACUGUUCCUUUUUUGCCUUUUGAUAUCACUUGUGAAAGAUGAUAGGAAUAUUGCUGUAGACUUUGAUUUUAUGCAACCAGUUCUAAACUUUUUCAAAUCCAAUUUUAUGCAGGCCAGAAGAGAGAAAAAUGCUUUUAUUAAUGAAGUGGCACUCUCUUUGUUCCGGUUUCCCUGGCUGUGCUUAUUACCUUGGCUGUUAUGUGUGCUUGGCUCUCUCAACUCAUUCUUCUCUAAUGUGCUGGUGAUUCAGGACAACCACAUGGUAUCUAAAUCCCUAUUUUAGAGGGCUUUCUCCUCUUGGCUGAGCAACCCUAGUAACUGAAGUCAAGGAAGCUCUAUUGUGCAUUGAGGAAUGUGGUGGGAAGCUACCAUACCCUUCCUAGUACACUCAGUGUUGGCACAAAGGUGCUGCGGGAGCAAAGGCUGACUUAUUUAAAGGAUCUCUCCAGCUUCUUCCCACAAACCGAAACACUGAAUUGCGAGUGUCCUACCUGCUCUGCUGGCUGACAACUGCAAUUUGUCUUUCCUUUCGCCCAAGCCAAGUCACAGAGCUUACAUAAGUAUCUUUCUGUCCCAUUCCACGUUAAACUCAUUUUAAAUUUCAAUCCCAAUGAUGUGAGAGAAUGCCUAAUCAAUCAGAAGGCGUGUACCAAGUAUCUUAGUUGCCAUAUCACCCACUCUUGUUCUGGAAUGUUGUAUGCAAGUCAUAGUUGCUCAUUCCAAAUCAAGUGCCAAAUAAAUAAAUAAAGAUCUAGUCUGAGACCUGUUCAUAAAAGUACUAGAACACCGUGAUGACUUUCACAGCCUCCUUUGGCCAGACAGAAACACUUUCAGUUCUGCAUCUUCAUCAGUAGGUGGUGCUGGCUAGCCGCACAUUUGUUAGUGCUCUGGAAGGUGUCUGCACCUUAAUCUUAUGAACAAACAUGGGUGAGAAGGUCAAAAGUACGACGUGAUCUCAAUCUAGCCUCAGAACGUAAACUCAGUUUUGUCCAUAAAAUGAUGAUCUGUAUUGCCUUAUGCAAAGGUUGUUGGGCUUCUGAAUGGCUGCCAGGAUUGCUCAGACUUCUCAUGAGCAGAAGUUUUUGCUUUUCUGAUUGGGGUGUAGCAGAAAUCAAAUAUGAGGCCAGUAAGCAUGGGCUUAAGCUUUGCAGUGAGGGCUGCAGUUCAGGAUUUAGUGAAUUACACAUGGGAGCACCACACUCUGUGGUACUUUUUGAGGGGAUGUAGCAGUAACUGCAAUUACUGCUCUGAAUGCUUCAUCAGUCUGCUACACGCUGCAGCUGAGAUUAAGACUUGGUUAGCAAGGAUGAGUUUCAGCUCACCCAGCUGGAAACACUUGCUGUGCAGAUGUACGUCAGCUAUGUGCCCUGGCUCUAUAAUCAGCAUUGAGAACUCAUACUUAGAUCAGAUGGACCUUGCUGACAUGAGGGCCUUCUCUGGGCACAAGGGAAGCCUGCAGCAACUAAUUCGGGUAGAGAGCUCUGUGCUGGCAGUUCUGACAUUUGCUUGGAUUAAUUCUGUCCUACUUUUGAGAACCUCAAGAAGCUAAGCUCUGAUCGGUCAUAGAGCUUUUUUAGGUAGGCAUGAUGUCAUUGUCUUUAAGAGCAUGUAUCAAUCCGAGGGAGCUGGGGGAUGGGAUAUGGGUUGGCCACUUGUUCUCCCCCAUCAAGAUGGCAGUACUGAAAUAGGAGCCUUUUCUACUUCAUCAUCUCAGAUAUGGGUACCUUUUAUCUAUGAUAGAGAUGCACUGCCAGACAUGUCUCACAAGAAGGAAUUUUUCCCAAGCCCUAAAACAGAAGUAAAUACCUUCAUUCCUUGGUGGAGAAAGCUGGAGAUGAAAGGUUGGAGGACCCUACCCCCAUUAGAAAGCAUCAAGGUAUGUCCUUGAGUUUCUGGAGGAUUAAGAAGCAUUUUAAUACAGCAAUCUGAAAUGAGAAGAUGAAGAAGAACACUUUUAGUGGAAAAUUGAGCUUGUGUCCAGCACUGCCAACAUUACCAUAACAUGGAGCUUCACACAGGAAGAGCGUCCCGGAGCCGCGCACCGCCCACCGCCCAGGGCUGACACUCGGCCGGGCCACGGCGAGCCGCAAAGCUGCUGUCCACGUGGACCGGAGCUGAAAUCCCUCGUCCGGCGGCCACCAGAGCCUCCCCCGCCAAGCCCCGAGACAUGGCAACAAACGGAACGAAAGUGGCCGACGGACAGAUCUCCACGGAGGUCGACGCUUCCAUCACCAAUGACAAGCCUAAAACUUUGGUAGUAAAAGUGCAGAAGAAGAAGACGGAUCUUCCGGACCGAGAUACCUGGAAAGGAAAAUUUGACUUUCUUAUGUCCUGUGUAGGUUAUGCCAUUGGUUUAGGGAAUGUGUGGCGAUUUCCAUACCUCUGUGGCAAGAAUGGAGGAGGUGCAUUCCUGAUUCCCUAUUUCCUAACUCUAAUUUUUGCUGGAGUGCCGCUGUUUCUUUUGGAGUGUUCCCUUGGUCAGUACACAUCUAUAGGAGGCCUUGGAGUGUGGAAGCUUGCUCCAAUGUUCAAAGGUGUGGGACUAGCUGCUGCAGUCCUUUCCUUUUGGCUAAACAUUUACUACAUUGUGAUUAUUUCAUGGGCCAUUUAUUACCUGUAUAAUUCCUUUACAACUACUCUUCCUUGGAAGCACUGUGAGAACCCAUGGAACACUGACCGCUGCUUCUCCAAUUAUACCUUAGCAAACACCACCAACAUGACAAGCGCUGUGGUUGAAUUCUGGGAACGCAACAUGCACCAAAUGACUGAUGGAUUGGAAAAACCAGGGCAGAUCCGAUGGCCGCUAGCAAUUACUCUGGCAAUUGCCUGGAUUCUGGUUUAUUUUUGUAUCUGGAAGGGGGUGGGCUGGACUGGAAAGGUGGUGUAUUUCUCUGCUACUUAUCCCUAUGUUAUGCUGCUUAUCUUGUUCUUCCGUGGUGUUACACUGCCUGGAGCAAAGGAAGGAAUUUUGUUCUAUAUAACUCCCAACUUCAGUAAGCUUUCAGACUCUGAGGUUUGGCUGGAUGCUGCCACACAGAUUUUCUUCUCCUAUGGUCUGGGUCUUGGUUCGCUGAUUGCCCUUGGAAGUUACAACCCUUUCCACAAUAAUGUUUACAGGGACUCCAUCAUAGUGUGCUGCAUAAACUCAUGCACAAGCAUGUUUGCAGGCUUUGUCAUCUUCUCCAUUGUUGGAUUCAUGGCUAAUGUCACAAAGAGGCCCAUUGCAGAUGUUGCAGCAUCAGGUCCUGGACUGGCAUUUCUAGCUUAUCCAGAAGCAGUGACACAGUUACCAAUUUCUCCUUUGUGGGCAAUACUGUUCUUCUCCAUGUUGCUAAUGCUCGGAAUUGACAGUCAGUUCUGCACUGUUGAAGGAUUCAUAACAGCUUUGGUGGAUGAAUUUCCGAAGUUAUUGCGCAACCGGAGGGAAAUCUUCAUUGCUGUUGUGUGUAUUGUUUCCUAUCUGAUAGGGCUGUCCAACAUUACUCAGGGUGGAAUCUAUGUGUUUAAGCUUUUUGACUACUACUCUGCCAGUGGGAUGAGUCUCUUGUUCCUUGUAUUCUUUGAGUGCAUCUCCAUAUCUUGGUGCUAUGGUGUUAAUAGAUUUUAUGACAACAUCCAAGAGAUGGUGGGAUACAGACCCUGCAUCUGGUGGAAACUCUGCUGGUCAUUUUUUACUCCAAUCAUCGUGGCAGGAGUAUUUAUCUUCAGUGCUGUCCAAAUGACUCCUCUCACAAUGGGAAGCUAUGUUUUCCCCAAAUGGGGCCAAGGUGUUGGCUGGUUCAUGGCUUUGUCUUCUAUGGUGCUGAUACCAGGCUAUAUGGCAUAUAUGUUUCUUACCCUGAAAGGCUCCUUGAAACAGCGCAUCCAAGUAAUGAUUCAGCCAAGUGAAGACAUCAGUCAUCCUGAAAAUGGGCCAGAUCAGGCACAACAGAGCAACUCUGCAAACAAAGAAGCCUACAUCUAAACUUCUGUAUUACAAAAGUACACAUACUACUCCAGAAAAACAAAAAAUAUGGUUGAAUAUGACCACAAAUUUAAGUCUGAGAAUAUAAUUACCUACCUCUAGUGGCAAAAAAAAAAAAAAAGAAAAAAAGAAAAAAAAAGAUAAAAAGAUAAAAGGUCACCUCCAUUAUAAGGGAAUCGCCAUAGGUAUGAUCCAACCAUUGUGCGAGCUCAGAUGUUGACAGUAUUUUGUGUUCUCUGGCAAUCCACAGACUGUUAAUGUUUUUAUCCUUUCAGAACAAUAGUUGCAUAUCUUGAAAUUUGUAAACUGAUGUGCAAAACCUUUUUAAUCUACCUUUUAGCACGACUAUUUGAAGUUUUGUGCUACUGAUUUUUAGUAGUUUAUCAGUACUUCUUACCACUGAAUCCCAAGACUGUUAUUUCUGACUUUGCAGGAGUAAAAUUAAGUUUGGAAUUGUUUUGUACAAAAGAAUGGCGUAUUUUGUAACCAAGUGAUUUCCAGUGAAAAAGUCUGCCCUUAAAAUUUGUUCUAGUCAAGGCCAUUUGAGCGGGGAAAGACUUAUUUGUAUUAACUGAGAGUCACAUUAGGCAUAGCCUUUAUAAGCAUUCCUACUACAAACUGAGUUAUUAUAUGGCUGUUUGUAGUAACGCAGCAUAGCAUGGCUGUAAACACUACCUGUUCUUAACCUUUCAGGAUAAUUUUCACAUGCAAUUGUGAAUUUUUUUUUAAAAGCAUAUACUCUAUCUUCUAAAAAGAACUCAUCUCUGUGAAGCAGCACUACCUGAAUCACAGAUGUAGAGGCAAAAAUGUGACUUCUAACUUUUUUUAGGAAAAUGAGAAGUAACAUUCAAUUCUUAAGAGCUCUUAAAUACUCCCAGAAAAAAAAAAAAAAAAGAGAGAGAGAGAAAUACAGGGUAUUUGCAAUUCAAGCUCAGAAGAGUACUUGAGCUUUUGUUAUGCUGUUAUUAUUACGCUAUUAUUGCAUUGCCACCAAAAUAGAAACCAAAACAAUGACUUAAAGAUUGAAGCUUAUCCUUGUAAUUCUAGUUUAGGGUUUAAUUUCACAACUGUUCUUUUUAAUCCAUUAAAUGACUUUAACAGUUUCAAAUAAGCAAAUUAUAAAAUACGGAUCAUGAGCACUUUGAAAACAGUUUUAUUUUUAUUUACAUAUUAUUUGUGGUGAUGAAGGCAGGAGAGAAAGCUAUUUCAGUAAUAUAAAAAUUUCCACUCCGGGCUCCAUCUGCAUUUACCUCCUAGCUGGAAACCCCAUUCGGCUAAUGGAAGUUUUUCUCUAUGUGGAAAAUGCAGUAGUUAGCCCUGUAUGGCAUUUCUUGUUUGGCAGCUAUAUGAUGGACACAAGGGUUUAUGGAAAAUGCAGUAUUUGAUGUUUGAUUGUAAAUGACUGUGACAGAACUGUGCAAUGAAACAUGCUUUCCAGCAAUUUUUUGUGCAACGUACAAUGUUAGAUAGCACAAUUUAUGUAGAACUACUACGUGAAAAACGUUAACUGUGAAUGUUGGGUUUUUCGUUGUUUUUGUCUGAAGGUGACAAACGUUCUUGCAAUAAGGUAUUAUUCUCAGAAUGUCAAGCACAUUAUUGUAGAAAUAAUAUAUAUAUAAUACACAUGUAUUUCAAACUACAUCAUAAAAUCUCAGAGUAUGUUCGGUAGAUUCUAAUCUGUUUCAUACAUAGAUCAACUGUAAAAUAUUAUGAGAUCUAAGCUACAUCCUAAAUGGCUAUAGCUGAAAUGCAAAAGUCCUGUAAGUCUUUGGGGUUUAGAGGAAAAGCGUACAUCCUACACACACAUUAUACAUGAUACAUACACAUUAUAAUUGUGAAUUUCAUUAGACUAAGGAUAAAAAUUCCAACUUUAUCGUUUAAUGUAAUCAAGUCCCAUGUUGUUCUAAGAAAAAUGCAGUAUUUAAUGUUUGAUUGUAAACAAUUAUGACAGAUGUUUGACAGACCUGCUCUUUAGCAAAAAGCUGAACAAACAUACCACAUAGCACAAAAUAGUGUUGUAGAACUACUGUGUGUAAACUGUGAAUAGCUGUAUCCUUUUGUAGUACUUGCCCUGAAAAAAAAGAUUAUUGUAUGAUCAUAUAUGCUUUUUGCAAUAAGGAGUUAUCUGAACACCAAGCAAAUCUAUCUCUAUAUAAAAAUAUAUAUGUAAUAUAUACAUAUUCAAAAAUAUAUACAGAGCCUGUUUAAAAGAGUACAGUAUUAUUUAGUAAAUUGCAACCUGUUCUAUGGACCAAAUGUAAAAUAUUUAUAAAUUAAGAUGCAUUUUAAAUGUCUAUAAAUGGUGUCAUAAUUAAAGCACGAUUGUUAUGUAAGUUUCCAAGAGUUUAGAGGAAAAAGAAUAAAGGUUAUAUUAUACAUUAAA